UGGGUUUAAACGCUGCAGCGGGAGGGGCGGGCUCGGCUGGCGGCGGCGGCUCCCGGCUCCAGGCCCCGCCAUGGUGGUGCCAGCGCGGCGCGUGAAGACGGAGUACAUGAAGCGGUUCAAGGAGCCCAAGUGGGAGUCGUGCAGCGCCUGCUACCUGGAGCUGCUGCGCUAUCGCCUCAGCCGCCGCCUCCUGGAGCAGGCGCACCGGCCCUGGCUGUGGGACGGCUGGGAGCAGGACAGCGGUAGCGGCGCUGGCAGCAGCACCGCCGGGACCCCCUCUCCGCCGGGCGCCGGUAGCCCCGAAGCCGGGCAGGAAGAGGAGGCGCCAGCGCCAAACGAGACGGGACGGGCGAGCCCUGAGAAAGAAAAAGAAGAGCCAGAAAAGCAACAGAAAGAAGAGCAAGAAAAAAGUGCAGAACACAAUUCUGUAAAGGAAGCAGACAAAACUAGCCGUACGGGACGGCGUCCGAGUCGAAGUGCCUUGUCCAGUCGUAACGAUCAAAGAUCAGCUAAGAGUCCUCAGAAGACAGAUACACCAAAGGAGAAUAAACAUCCAUUUGCCCUGUAUGGGUGGGCAGAAAGACAGACAGAUACUGGAAGCCAGAAAACUCACAAUGUCCGUGCUUCUGCUUCAGCAAAUGAAAUCCACGAAUCUGCUCUACGAGCAAAGAACAGGAGACAAGUGGACAAAAGGAAGCUUUCUCAGAGGCGAGUGCGAUCAGCAGAAGCAGAGAAAGCUUGGCAAAUAAAGCCCUCCCCACCAGAUAACCCUUGGAUGACAGAGUACAUGAGAUGCUACUCAGCAAGAGCUCGGUGAAUUUGGAUUCCUGUGGGCAUUGUCAAAAGUCAGGCAUAUCAGGACACUGGUGCAAGGAACCAAACUUCUUAUGCAAGGUUUUUAUAGAGAGUUUCCAGCUAUUGAAAUAUUUGUUACAGUAUUUUUAUCUUGGCUACCUACCUCACAGUGGGGUGCAUUGUUGGAGCCAUAACAUUUGAAGAGGCUUUUAGAUACAGCUACCCAAACUUUUAAACAAUUCCCCUUUUGGGAACUUUUCUAACCUUUCAGUUGACUUGUUUUAGGGGUGGGAGGGGGGAGCUCUGGCAUACCAGAAGUCAAAACAAACACAGUUUUGAUCUUGGUCACAAAUAACCUGUUGUCCCUUAAUUUUAAAAGCCCAAGUCGUGGGGAGGUAGUGUUGGGGAAAGACUUUUAAAGGUGUGAUGGAGGUGCCUUUACAUUUAUAGUACGAUUUGAUUUAGUAUCUCUAUUUAGGCAGCAGGGACGUCAGUGGGUCUGGUAAACAGCACUAAAAAACGAGGAUGCUUUAGGCAAGCAAGUGCUAAGUACUGUCUGUAUGUACAACUUUUCAAAAAGCCUUGUGCUGAUGCUAACUUCUAUUGCUGUUUCCAAGGUUGUUUAGAAUGAACUACCAAUUUCCAGGGCAAGAAACAGCUACAGGAUUGUUCUUCUGUUGCUGUGCCUGUUGUACCAAGUAACUGAUGCAGACAAUCAUCAUCUGAUAGCUGCUGCUCAGUAAGCAGUUGCUUGUUCUACCACCAGUAUCAAGUUACACCACUGUAUUAAGCUUGUGGCCACAUUCACUCUUAACCAUGUAAAUGCAUUUAUUGAGGGAGAGGGCUGGCUCCUGACUAGCGAAGUCUAUUUUUAACACUUAAUAUCUAUUAUGCUCAGUGGGGGUCGGAGCGCAAUAUGCAUUCCAUUUGGUGGCAUUGUGCAAGUAUACUGUUAAAGAUUUGAAACUUGAAAAUCAUGUUGAUAGAACUUGUAGAUGAAGUCCUGGGUAGCUUUCUGCCUCUCAAUACUGGUGCAGAACUCCUUACUACACAGGGAUGAGUGCUUGGGAGAAGGAGAGGUGUACCCUUUAGUAGACAAGAACAUAUAAUGGAGUUUGGACACUCAUUUUGUAGGUCCUACUUCUACAUAGUAAGACAGUUAUUGUUUGUGAGAUCCUCAGUGAGUGUAUUUUUCCCCUCAAGCCACUCUAGAUGUUUUCAGUUUGAUAACUAAGCUUUAGGCAGAUUAUU